CUGUUAAACAAAGAAAUUAGGGCUUUGUGUCAUAUACCAUGGAGAGCAGCGGAAACUCGUCGGAGUCUUUUUAUCAGUUUCCAUACCCUGGCACGAUGAACGGGAGCGGGUUUUGUCGGAACUUCGGCAACAACACGACUCUUUCUGCCACAAACGAGUCCAUGUGUGACAGAGGAGACAACGUGAACAAAGAUGCGACUCCCGUGGUUAUUGCGAUUAUCAUCACAGCAGUUUACUCUGUCGUAUGUGUGGUGGGGCUGGUUGGCAACGUCCUCGUCAUGUAUGUCAUCAUCAGAUACACCAAAAUGAAAACAGCCACCAACAUCUACAUCUUUAACCUGGCCCUGGCUGACGCCCUGGCCACCAGCACCCUCCCCUUCCAGAGCGUCAACUACUUGAUGGGCAGCUGGCCCUUCGGAGACGUGCUGUGCAAGAUGGUGCUGUCCAUCGACUACUACAACAUGUUCACCAGCAUCUUCACCCUGACCACCAUGAGCGUGGACCGCUACAUCGCCGUCUGCCACCCCGUGAGGGCCCUGGACUUCCGCACGCCCCGCAACGCCAAGAUUGUCAACGUCUGCAACUGGAUCCUGUCCUCUGCCAUCGGCCUGCCCGUCAUGGUCAUGGCCUCCACCGUCAUCGACUACGAGUACAACCCGGCGGGGACCAUAGACUGCAACCUGAUUUUCCCCCACCCAGCCUGGUACUGGGAGAACCUGCUGAAGAUCUGCGUCUUCAUCUUCGCCUUCAUCAUGCCCGUCCUCAUCAUCACGGUGUGCUACGGGCUGAUGAUCCUGCGUCUGAAGAGCGUGCGCAUGCUGUCGGGCUCCAAGGAGAAGGACCGCACGCUCCGCCGAAUCACCCGCAUGGUGCUGGUGGUGGUGGCCGUCUUCAUCGUCUGCUGGACGCCCAUCCACAUCUUCGUCAUCAUCAAGGCCCUGGUGACCAUCCCCAAGUCCCUGCUGCAGUCCAUCACCUGGCACUUCUGCAUCGCCCUGGGCUACACCAACAGCUGCCUCAACCCCGUGCUCUACGCCUUCCUGGACGAGAACUUCAAGCGCUGCUUCCGCGAGUUCUGCAUCCUCACCUCCUCCGAGCUGGAGCUGCAGAACUCGGUCCGCACCCGCAACCCGCCGCGGGAGCGCAACGGCAGCGGACACACCGUGGACCGGACCAACCAGCAGGUAUGACUAGAUCUGGAGAUGCGGUCUCUGGACUCUCGCAGCCAGCCCAACGACGAGAUACAGUCCGAGAUUACCCAGGUCACCACUGGGCUCUGACGAUGCGGGGCUACCCCGGGGGCUGGCUGGCAGUAACGCAGCUAA